AUGGAGAGCAAGAAGGAAAAUCCAAUGGGCAUGUGUGAGAAGCUCUUCAAUGUCUUCAAUGUCAACAAUUCGGCUUUUCGACCUCUUCGCCGUCUUACCUUCAAGAACCAAGAACAACCCACCACCACCACCACUCCAAACCAAUCACCACCAAACAAACCUCCACAAGUUCUUGAAAACAAUAACCACAAUCCAUCUUCUCAUGAUAAUCAUCAUCAACAACAUCAACAUCAUGAUACACCAUCAUUGCCUCCCAAAACUGUCAUUGAGCCCCAACAAAUCAACAAUACUCUUCCACCUCCAAAGAAACCUUUAGAUGGAGUCCAAGUGCAAGUACCAUCAAAGAUUGAGAUUCAAAAACAACAAGCACAACAAAAAGUUCCGGUGAAUCCACCGGAGACCGGUAAGGCUCACCGGAGAACCACCACCACCAAGAAAGAAGAAGCACCACCACCACCGCCGCCACCAUCAGUGCCUACAUCAGUGGCUCCAAAGGUUGUAGUACCACAAGCACAGUUACCUGUACCAACACCUCCGGUACCGGCGCCGGCGCCGGUGCCGGCGACGGUGGCAGGAGGAAGACAACCUCAGAGGUUGGAGACUAAGAAUAUUGAUGGUAAGGCUGAUGAUUUUAUUAACCGUGUUAGGAACAAGCUUAGGAAUGGUUCUAAUGUUGGAAAGGCUACGUCCAAUUGA